UUAAAUAUGAAAGGCUAAAACUUUAGCUCCAAAACGACGUCGUUGGAGUCAAAGUUUUGAUUUUUAACUGUCCAAAACUGAAGCAGAGCUCAUAAACAAGAACAAGUAAAGAUGGAGGCUUUGGUCUGCAAGAAACUCGGGGACCCAACAGCGCCGAUUUCGGAGGAGAAGUCGAUAGUGAUCGACAAGAGUUUUCCGAUUCCGGUAUUGGAGACUCCGACGUCGGUGAGGGUCAGAGUGAAAGCUACGAGCUUGAACUACGCCAACUACCUUCAGAUACUCGGAAAGUACCAAGAGAAGCCGCCGCUGCCUUUCGUUCCCGGGUCAGAUUACUCCGGCGUCGUCGACGCCGUCGGCCCCGCCGUCACGAAGUUCAGAGCCGGCGACAGUGUCUGCAGCUUCGCGGCGCUCGGGUCCUUUGCUCAGUUCAUCGUCGCCGAUCAGAGUCUGUUAUUUGGAGUGCCGGACGGGUGUGAUUUGGUGGCUGCCGGAGCGUUGCCGGUGGCAUUUGGGACGUCUCAUGUGGCGCUUCUUCACCGGGCCAACUUGAACUCCGGUCAAGUGUUGCUUGUGCUUGGUGCAGCUGGAGGUGUUGGACUUGCGGCGGUGCAGAUUGGGAAGGUUGUUGGAGCCGUUGUCAUUGCGGUAGCUAGGGGAGCUGAGAAGGUGGAGUAUUUGAAGUCUUUGGGGGUUGAUCAUGUGGUGGACUCGAGCAGUCAGAGUAUUAUACAAAGUGUGAAGGAUUUUUUGAAAACCAGGAAGCUCAAAGGUGUGGAUGUUUUGUAUGAUCCGGUGGGAGGGAAGCUGACUAAAGAGGCCAUGAAGGUUUUGAAUUGGGGAGCACACAUUUUGGUUAUAGGCUUUGCCAGUGGAGAGGUCCCUGUCAUUCCCGCCAAUAUUGCUCUUGUUAAGAACUGGACAGUGCAUGGACUGUACUGGGGUAGCUACAGAAUACAUCGACCAGCUGUUCUUGAAGAUUCGGUUAAUGAACUACUUUCCUGGGUGGCGAGAGGGCUGAUCACCAUCCGUAUCUCUCAUACUUACUGCUUGCAAGAGGCCAAUCUUGCCUUUUCUGCCAUCAAAGAUAGGAAAGCCAUUGGGAAAGUGAUGAUUGUUCUUGACGACCCAAGCAGUAUGAAAUCAAGGCUUUAAUCAGAACUCAGCUGGGACAAUCGGAUCUUGCACUCCUCGGCAUUUCCAUUCCCUAGUUUUCCCCUUUCUGCAGCUUGUGACAAACACAUCAUCUACCAUUGUCUCUCAAGGAUACGUAAUAAAUUGACAACAGUUUUUCUGGUUUAGGUCCAUUGUACUAGUUAUGACCUUGAGUAUAUUUGGUUGUAAGAAAAUUGUGCCAUGUAAAUUGCAUAAAUAAGGUGGCUCCAUCAUAAUGAAAUCAUGAUCCGCUUUCUUCCA